ACUGGUUGGGUCAGCUUGUGCUCAGGAGCACUUUAGAAACAGUGAUCAGGGCAGGCCUCACAGAUCAGGUGACCUCAGCCUGCAGAUAAACCCUGAGACUGCUAAAAGGGCAAAGCAGGAAGCUGAGGACACUUAACUCUGACCUUGACUUUGGGUGUAGGGGACUGAGCUCUGCAAAGUGAUGGUUAGUUGCUCUCAGGUGCCUGGUCUGGGUGGGUGGGAAGGUAGGGAGAUUAUCAGCGGUCAGGGGAGGCUUCCUGGAGGAGGCGGUGGUUUUACUGGGCCUCUAAGACUGAGUAGGAGUUCUCAUCCUUUAGGAUGCUGUGAUGGGGUUUGACAAUUGUUUUGCAGGUGCCCUAGGAACAACAUAGUCAAAGGGUUAAGCCGAGAGGCUGGACGCGAGGCCCCCGCCCUCUUGCUGUGAGCUCUGCUGUUCUUAUGGGAGCCAUGAAGCUGAAUGAGAGGAGCGUGGCCCACUACGCGUUGAGCGACUCCCCGGCCGACCAUACGGGCUUUCUGCGCACCUGGGGCGGGCCAGGGACUGCACCGACCCCCAGUGGCACCGGCCGGAGGUGCUGGUUUGUCCUCAAAGGCAACCUGCUGUUCUCCUUUGAGAGUCGUGAGAGCCGGGCCCCGCUGAGCCUGGUGGUGCUAGAGGGCUGCACGGUGGAGCUGGCUGAGGCUCCCGUGUCCGAGGAGUUCGCCUUCGCCAUCUGCUUCGACGCCCCUGGUGUGCGCCCACACCUGCUGGCGGCCGAUGGGCCCGCGGCGCAGGAGGCCUGGGUGAAGGCCCUGUCCAGGGCCAGCUUUAGCUACAUGCGCCUGGUGGUGCGCGAGCUGGAGAGCCAGCUGCGCGAGGCCCGCCACAGCCUGGCCUUGCAUCGCCACUCAUCCUGGAAGGCCACUGGCAGCCACCGUAAGCCCCAGGCCGCUGACCGCCGGUCUCCAGGCCUGGAAAACGGUUACUCCCCCUCCAAGGAUUGCAGCUCCGUGGACUUGGUUGAAGAAAGGGGCAGCAAGCCAGCGGGGCCGGGCUUGGCCGAGUGGCAGGGCCCGGCCAGCCUCUACCUGGACGGGAGGCAGAGCCCCGCAUUCCCUGAGACCUCCUACUUUUCUACCCUGCACAACUGUCCUUCUCCAGGUUCCAGAUCCACCCUCGUGCCUGGACGGGACUGAGGAAUCCUUCCUUCCAGCACCUUUAUUUCCUGAGGCCCAGAGAGGAAGGGGGCUUGCUUGGUAGCCAUGGAGCCUGACCAAGUCUCCUGCCGCUCUGCUGGACUGCCGCUCUGGCAGGGGACACUAGUCAAAUGGUGGAAAUGGGGAAUAUUAUGUGGCCAUAGAAUGCUACCUACACACCAGACUCUACAACCACAACCUCCUACACAGGGAGCCUUGUGUACAUUUAAAUACCAGAGGCUGGCUCAAGUGUUGGCUUGGGGAGCUGACAUGAUCAGGGAAAGUAGGUUUAUUGCCAUAGGGGUUUCUGGGGCCGGUGCUUCCUGAGAGGUGGGGCACAGGACGGCUCCCCCUCUGCAGUUUGGGUGCGGCCCUUUGGAGGGAGAGGGCCUUCAGCCAGCAAAAGGGGAUUGAUUCUGCUCAGAAAGUGUCGGGGCCAUCAGCUUCUCUCCCUGGCUGCCCUGUCUAGAGAUGGUGCUGGUCAUGGCCCCAGGAGGGACUGGUGGCAGAAAUCCUUCCUGUGUUCUGCCCUGAGCAGCUGGCUCUGGGAGCUGCCAGGUGGGAAGCUAAAGGAGUGGGGAGGCACAUGGGGCUCCCUGGGGAAGCCAGGCUGUUAUUUUGGUUCUCAGUCCAAAAUUCUAGAAGCUUGGACGCAGGAUUCCCAGCAAGCACCCUGUGAUAAACUCUUUCCUCCUAACUGUGCUAAGAGCCACUCCCGAUCCCGAACCUGGCCUGGGAACUCAUUGACACUCCCGCUGGUCAGCCAGUGCGCAUCUGCCAAGACCCUGUCUUUGCUACUCUCAGCAGCUCGGUGCCAAGUGUUUUCUCCAUUGUUGAGGGAGGCAAAGUGACUGAGUGGAGAGAGCCAGCAGCCAGACCCGCCUGAGCCCCAGGGUGUGGUCGCAGCGGCUGGAUGGGAGAUCCCGAGGCGGUCAAGACAUCCCCCCCUCUGCCUGCGCGCAAUCAGCCCCUUCUUAGCCUCUCGAGCCCUUACUAGGGCCUUGGGUACACUGCCCGGGGCCCCAGUAGGUCUAGGGGCUUCUGCUCAGCCCAAGACCAGGACGCCGGGAGGCCACCAGGGUCCGGAACCCGUUCCUGCGGGCUUGUUCCCAGAAGAGGGGCUGGAGGAGCCCCCGGCCCACGGCGCC